CAGAAAAAGAUAAGGGCACUUCACAACCACAAAAUUUCCCACAUGAACUUCCGAAAAUGAGUUAAACACUUAAACUAGUUUUCUCUUGGCUUUCUACACAAUUUCAAGUUCGAAAACCACCCUCUAAUAAUGGCUUUCCAAAUUCACUCUUCACACCCUCAAAUCCUAUUCAAAAUCCCAUCAUUUUCCCAAAUCCCAACAAAGCUUCUACCUAUAACUAUGUCAUCCAUCUCCAUAUCAACUCUAAUCCCAGAACAAACCCCAAAACCAGAUGUAUACAAUGUCAAAUUCAAGAGUUUAGAAGCUUGCAAACUUGGUAUAUCAAGAUACCCGGAUUUUGAAUAUAAUGCUCAAGGAGGAAAGGGUAGUGGGGUGGGAAAAAAGAUGGUGGGAGUUGACUUUAAUGGCGAAACAUCGGUUGACUUUGAUGUAAAAAGUCUUUACAUUCCGCCAUUAACAAGUUUAACUACCAAGUUUCUUGGCUUGCCUUUGCCACCUUUCUUGAAAAUUGAAAUCGUUCCUGAGAUCUUUAGAGGGAUCAUCAACAUAGAAUCUGGCAAGGUUGAUCUUAAGUUCAAGGCAAAAUUCUGGUUUUCAAUUGGAAGUAUUUAUAAAGCUCCACCAUUGUUGGUGGAGACAUUAUUAACCUCUGAAGAAUCAAAAGGAAGUUUAAGGAGUGGAAAUGGAGAUCGACUUGAUGAACAAGGGAAAUGCAAGCUAGUUGGAGUUGCAACUGUUGAACAGAUUGAUGAUUUUUUAAUGAAUUCUUUUCUUGAUCUUCCUACCGAAUGUCUUGCUAUCUUAAAUGCAACUAUCAUCUUCUCUGAGGAUUAAGAACUCAAACAACACCAUAAGGAAUAUAGGAAAUUAUUAUAGGUUUUUUUUAUAGGUUCACAACAUGAAUAGUAAAUCACAAUCUUGGUUGAUUAUAUAAAGUUUUCUUUUUAUACA